AUGCCCUGUAUACCUAAAUGGGAUUAUAAAUUUUAUGGUAUCAACGAAUUUGAAAGUUUACGCAUGGAUCCUCAACAUAAAUUUAUAUUAGAUUCGACAUACAUGGCUUUAGAGAAUGCGGGAAUAACACGAAAAGAAAUCAAGGGAUCCAAUACUGGCGUUUAUAUUGGAGUAAUGAAUGGCGAUUAUUCUUCUAAUUUCGCUACAAGUGUGCUGGACUUUGACAACUACACGAUAACUGGAACCAAUGACAGUAUCAUAUCUUCAAGAGUUAAUUACGUAUUUGAUCUACAUGGUCCAUCAAUGACUAUUGAUACAGCUUGUUCUUCAUCUCUUAUAGCAAUACAUAUUGCCCACCAAGCCAUUUUAUUGGGUGAAUGUGACAUGUGUAUUGCUGGUGGAGUUAACUGUCUACUUAAACCAGACAUAUUAAUCCAGCUCAGUAAAGCUGGUAUGGUAUCACCAAAAGGACAAUGUCAAGCUUUCUCUGAGAAUGCUGAUGGUUAUGCUCGAGGAACGGGAACUAAAGCAUGGGAUCCUGUUGAAGUAAAAGCUCUCGGGACAUUUUUCCAGACUGACGAAAAUUUAACACCAAAAAUAAUAGGAUCGGUAAAAACAAACAUUGGUCAUCUCGAAUCGGCAGCUGGUGUAGCAGUUGAUAUAGAAUCUUUACUUAAUAUAAAAAGGACUUUGUGUGAAAACGCUGAAGACCUGCAACUUGCCGAUUUUUCUUAUACAUCAAUAUAUACAAGAGAUCAUGAUCCAUGCCGUCUGGCUGUAGCUGGUCCAAAUACCGCCGAAGUUCUUCAAAUUCUAGAAGGUACUGAUGUCGACAAACAUGUGAUGGUGAAAUACCAGCCAGCUAAAGGAAAGAAGUAUAUCUUUGUUUUUGCUGGUUUAGGAACAAAUUGGCAAGGAAUGUGUCAGGAAAUGCUAAAAAGAUUUAAAGUAUUUCGUUCUACCAUUGAAGACAUUUCCAAAUAUCUUGAACGAUAUGCUAACUGGAACUUAAUGGAAAAUCUUCAAAAUGGAUUUGAUUUAGAGGACGCUAACAUCGCUCCAAUUAUGACAUUUGCAUGUGAGGAAGCGUUGUUUGUUUUAGUGGAAAGUUUUGGAAUUAAUCCCGAUGCUAUCAUUGGACAAUCUAUUGGUGAAGUAGCUGCAGCCUUUGCUUCUGGUGCUGUUACUCUGGAACAAGCUGUGUAUAUUAUUUAUCACAGAACAAGAGUACAGGUUCGAGGUACUGGUGGUAAAAUGUUUGUUGCUAAAAAUAUUGAAAUAGAUAAAGUAGAAGAGAUUUUAGAGAAAUAUGAAUCACAAGCUAAUGUAUAA